CUUGAGUUGAGCCGGCUGGUCGACGGGUUGAGGCUGUGCGGAAACCUGGGGGUUGUCUUCAGAUCUUCGAGUUUGGAGUAUUUGGAUCUCCGAUCAAGUAUCACCGGGCGGAGACGGCGUCCCCACAAGCCUGAAAUUGCUCCUGGUAUUUCGGGGUGGCGACAUUCGGGUCGAUUCAGCGGUAUUGAAGCAUCAGGCGCGGCGGAUUUCAUCCUCGACUCCCCGCAGCGAGCGCCGCUGCUUCGAGUAUUCACUCACUGGGAUAAGCGGAGCUCUGUGGGAAGGCGGUGAUUGGAGAUCCCAAAGACAAGAUAUGUGAAGUUGUGGAGAGUCUUAAUGCGGAUUUGCUGGUGAUGGGCUCCCGAGACUUUGGUGCUAUCAAAAGGAUGUUCUUGGGGAGUGUAAGCAACUAUUGUGCAAACCACGCACAAUGUCCUGUCAUUAUAAUCAAGGGAAAGGGCAAGGAGGAGGAAACUUCUUCAUAGACAAAUAAGGUAUAUCCAUAUUUCUGGGUCGUUACUUCUAGGCCAUCAG